AUGCAUCCUGCUCCGAGUCUGGCGGAAGCAUUUCCAAAGACGAAACCGCCAGCGGACCGCAUUCCAUAUGACCCAUGCCGGGGUGAUCAGGAGCCAGCGUUGUCACCCAGAGAACGGCCUACAUCACUGUCGCCGAUCAGGAGAACCUCGGACCCUCUAUCCGUUGCAGGCAUCACCGAGCUCACAGACGACGAUGGGUCUAGGGCAGACGAGGCAGGAGCAACUACCUUUGGUGCUGAGGCGUCUCAGUCCAUUUUUUCCGUCAAGGAUGGGGCUGAGAUCAUGCAAAAUCGAAGGGCGAGUCGGAGGAGGACUGGACCGCUUUCAGCUCAGCAAAGGGAGAAGGCUGCUCUGAUACGAAAGCUGGGUGCUUGUGCGGACUGCAGGCGGCGUAGAGUCGCAUGCAGUCCGCAUCAUCAUGAUAUGACGUGGGAAGACGCCAUCCGGAAGUACAGAUCAACAAGUCCACUGCAGGACCUAGGAUCGCCUCCGCACCACCGGCCAGGCUCCAACAUCCACCGGCGAAAGUCGUCGGGCGAGUCGCAGCGCAUGGAUGUUGAUUCGGUUUCCGCAGCAUCCAAAGCCGUCGCUGCUCCGACAUCUCGCCUACCUUCCAGCGACGUGCGGAUCAGAACACCACUGCCAUCUGCGCCUCGGCUAGACAAGGCGCUUUCGAUACCUCCAAUAGCUGCUGCGUCACCCGGCCUGCCACCGAUACCGAAAUUCUCGUCGUUCAGGUCCAGUCUCGAGAAGUCGGUGUCGUCUAUCCUGAUUCCCGGACGGAGCCGCCGCUAUGUGGUUGGCCACGUUCUCCUUGUUUUUUGGCAGGACGACGACGACGCAGUGGUCUCGUCAUGCGUUAGGGAGCUUUGUGGCGUCCUCGAAGAACGAUAUGCGUACAAGUGCGAGGGCGUCAGUAUCCCCACAUCCAAGUCUGAGGUUUGCAAGAACCCAUCACGAUGGUUAUCGCGCCACAUUGACGACUUCAUGGAGAAGCAUGACAGCUGGGACUGUCUGAAGAUUGUGUACUAUAUUGGAUUCAGCUUCCUCGAUCAUGCUGGAGACAUGGUUUUGUCGAGUUCCUUGGACAAAGCAGCUACCCCUACGAUCCGCUGGAGCGGCAUUCAGCACAAGCUUGAGGAGGCAUGCUCCGAUACGCUUGUGAUCAUGGAUACUGCAUAUUUCCCAUCAUCACGAAUAGCGCGACAAAAAGGCGUCCUGGAGAUCCUCGCCGCGUCAACUACCGAAGACUAUUUCAGGCUUGCGCCCCGUGCAGGGUUCACAAGACUCGUCCUAGACCGACUGCGUGGUGGCACGCAACACCAGCUAUCCCCUCGGAUAUUUGAGGACAAGCUGUCGACGGCUGAGCUAUAUUCCAGGGUUCUCUUCUCGUACUCGGAAUUGCUGUCGUCUCAGGGCGGCAGCGCGGGCGGCGGACCCGGCGACAAGCACUUCUCCUCGAACCGCGCUUUCCCUUUGAUGCCACUACAUAUACAGAUCUCUAGCAACCCGACACUGCCACCGAUUACGUUGACGCGCAUGGACAGCCUGCAGCUCCCGCCGCUGUCCGCGCCAUCCUACCAGCUAUCCGGCUCCAAGAACAGUGGGUUCGAAGGGGCGACCGGCAGCCACGGCAGGCAGCUGUCACUUACGUUCCGGCUCACGGACGACAUUGGCGGCGGCCGCGAGGAGCACGACGUGGAGCGCUGGCGGCAGUGGCUCAUGAUGAUGCCCGAGGGCGUGAGGAGCGUCAAGGUGGACGAUUUGUCGUCGCAGCUGAGAACGUAG